CCUGAGCCCGGGAUGUGGGGCGCGCGCCCAUUGGCGGAGCUGUCCCCCCGCGGGCCGGCCGCCUCAGCGCCCACCUCCCGGCCCUCACUCCGCGCCCCCAUUGGCCGCCCGCGGCCCUCGGGCGCCCGCUCCCGCCUCCUCCCUCCCGCAUGGAAACCUGGUUGGGGAGUGGGAGGCCGGAGCGGGGAGGAGGGUGAGUGGUCCUCCGGGGAAGGGUGCGCGAGGCAGCCAAUCCGGAGCAGACGUGGAAAAGAGGCGCCGCGGCAGCCAGUCCGAGCACGAGGUGCGGUCGGGGCCGGCUGACGCGAGUGCGGGCCGCAGCCAAUGGGCGAGCCACUGCCCGUCCGCUCUUCAGCAGCCGAUCGGGGGCGGUGGAGGAGCGAGUGAGGAGAGCGCCACGGCAGCGGCGGCGUAGCCAUCGCCGGACGGCCGGAGCGAGAGCGAGGCCCGAAUCUCUCCGUCUAGUGUAACGGAAUACCUGAGUGCUGAGGCGCCUGGAACAGAGGAGUAAACUCAGUGGUGUGAAGUUGAUCAGGGAAGGUUUCUUAAAAGAGGAUCAAAAUGGUUUCAAUCCCAGAAUACUAUGAAGGCAAGAAUGUCCUCCUCACAGGAGCUACUGGAUUCCUAGGAAAAGUGCUUCUGGAGAAGUUGCUGAGGUCUUGUCCAAAGGUGAAUUCAGUAUAUGUGUUGGUGAGGCAAAAGGCUGGGCAGACCCCUCAAGAACGAGUGGAGGAAGUCUUGAGUGGCAAGCUCUUUGAUAGAUUGAGAGAUGAAAAUCCAGAUUUUAGAGAGAAAAUAAUAGCAAUCAACAGUGAACUCACUCAACCUAAACUGGCUCUCAGUGAAGAAGAUAAGGAGGUCAUCAUAGAUUCUACCAAUAUUAUAUUCCACUGUGCAGCCACAGUAAGGUUUAAUGAAAAUUUAAGAGAUGCCGUUCAGUUAAAUGUGAUUGCUACACGACAGCUUGUUCUCCUUGCACAACAAAUGAAGAACUUGGAGGUGUUCAUGCAUGUAUCAACAGCAUAUGCCUACUGCAAUCGAAAGCAUAUUGAUGAAGUAGUUUAUCCACCCCCUGUAGAUCCUAAGAAGCUAAUUGAUUCUUUAGAGUGGAUGGAUGAUGGCCUAGUAAAUGAUAUCACACCAAAACUGAUAGGAGAUAGACCUAAUACGUACAUAUACACGAAAGCAUUGGCAGAGUAUGUUGUUCAACAAGAAGGAGCAAAGCUAAACGUGGCAAUUGUAAGGCCAUCGAUUGUCGGUGCCAGCUGGAAAGAACCUUUUCCAGGAUGGAUUGAUAACUUUAAUGGACCAAGUGGUCUCUUCAUUGCGGCAGGGAAAGGAAUUCUUCGAACAAUGCGCGCCUCCAACAAUGCCCUUGCAGAUCUUGUUCCUGUAGAUGUAGUUGUCAACACGAGUCUUGCGGCAGCCUGGUAUUCCGGAGUUAAUAGGUAUAUGAGACCAAGAAACAUCAUGGUGUACAAUUGCACAACAGGCAGCACUAAUCCUUUCCACUGGGGCGAAGUUGGAUAUUAUCUAAAUCAUUCCUUCAAGAUGAAUCCUUUAAACCAAGUAUUCAGGCGCCCCAAUGUUAAGUUGUAUUCCAACAACCUAUUGCUUCAUUAUUGGAAGGGUGUCAGACACACAGUACCUGCAUUAUUGCUCGAUCUUGCACUCAGGUUGACAGGUCAGAAACCGUGGAUGAUGAAAACUAUUACUCGCCUUCACAAAGCUAUGGUGUUUCUGGAAUAUUUCACAAGUAAUUCUUGGGUUUGGAAUACUGACAAUGUAAAUAUGUUAAUGAAUCAACUGAACGCUGAAGACAAAAAGACCUUCAAUAUUGAUGUACGACAGUUGCAUUGGGCCGAGUAUAUAGAGAACUACUGCAUGGGAACUAAGAAGUAUGUAUUGAAUGAAGAAAUGUCUGGGCUCCCUGCAGCUAGAAAACAUCUGAACAAGUUACGGAACAUCCGUUAUGGUUUCAAUACUAUCCUUGUGAUUCUAAUCUGGCGCAUUUUUAUUGCAAGAUCACAAAUGGCAAGAAAUAUCUGGUACUUUGUGGUUAGUCUGUGUUACAAGUUUCUGUCAUACUUCCGAGCAUCCAGCACUAUGAGAUACUGAAGACCAAGAAUUUAGCAUUAGAACAUCUAUGCAUAUGGUGGUCUAAAUGCACAACAUGUAAAAUGUACUUAAGUCAUCUCACCUUUUGUCAAGACAUUAAACCAUAUUAGAUCAGAGUGUGGAGUAAAUUAUGGUACAGUUCAUGUAA